AUGCAUUCCAAAGCUGCUAAAAAUAGGGGGGUGUUGAAGGACAAAGAGAUCAAUGCAGAUCAAUUUUCUGUACCUGCUAAAUUAUGGCAGCACAAAUUCGUGGGUGGGAGGUGGGAAAAAAAUGCCGAGCAGGUCUUACCAACGGAUAAGCCGCUCUUAAUAACCACUCAAUUUCAUCGCGACGCCUGCUGCUCACAGGGAAGGGCGAACAUACUCAAGGUGAAAGUGAAGGAUAACAAUAUCGCCAUGGUUAUGAACCCACACGCCGAAAUUUGGCUGAAGACGGAACACUAUUUCAUCAAGGACUUGCAGAGUUUCACGGGAACAUUUGUGAACGGGGUGAAAUUGAUGGAGGGGGAGGAGAGGAGGCUGGCAAAUGAGGACAUCAUUUCAUUCCCAAAGGACCAUCGCGAUCCAUGGUUCAAACAAUGGGAACGCGAGGGGAGGCCAAUUCCGGAUUCGAUGUUUAAAUAUUUCGAGGCAUCCGGCCUACUUGCAAAAAACACGGGGAUUGCAAAUGGUAAACCGUCAACAGUACAAAAAGAAAAGGGACUGGACAUUUGCGAAAUUUCACAAAUUCUUAUUCUCAGUGUGAUUCAGAAUCCAAUCAUACUUUCAAAAAUCCUUAGCCAUCUCUCCCUCCCUGCAUUGAAGACGGCUCGCCAAGUUUGCCAACAGUGGAGAAAAGAAAGCAACAGAUUUUUCUGUACUCUGGGACAUUUUGACAUUCCUGGCGUAGCGUGCCCUCAUUGGCCAACUUUAAAAGCAUUUCAAGAAAUAUUGCCAAUUCAAAAUGUAACCCUGGAUCUCAAUCCAAUCCCAAAGUGUAUCAAGACAGGAAUGGACGAUUGGGAGCCGAUAGAAGGAACAAUGUGGGAUUACGAACGCGCAAAAUAUUUGCAAAAUUUGACCUGGUUUUUCCAAACUUAUGGAAAAACUGUGAAAACUCUACAGCUAAUUCUCAAAGCGGAUUCAUGGAGCGUUUUCAUGGCCAUACUUCCCAAAUUGGAGAACCUCCAGUCUCUCGCACUCGAGAUUACUUCAUCACUAAAUACGGAAGAGUGGGCGACUACAGUAAAGUUUACCAAGGAUUUAAAACUCUUAUCCGUCAAGCAGUUAAGCUUCAAGUACGAGGAGAGAAAUUUAAUGGUUGGGAGAGGGCCAGGCAUGUCACUCGAGACGAAAUAUACCAAGCUUAUUUUAAACAUUUUACUCAUGUUUCCAAAAUUGGAGGGGAUAAAAUUCACUGGAGCACGGCUAACAAACUUUAAUGCAAUUUUCUUCAAAACACUGGAAAAGUAUCCGGAUAUGAUGGCAAACGUGGAUUCCUUCUCGAUCACGAAUGGAAGCAACGCUUCUCUUGACCCCGACUCGUUAAUAAAGGGACUCACGAAAGUCAAUUUUAAAAAGAAGUUGAGAAAACUUGAAAUUAAAAAUGUAUCCGUUCCCUCGGGGAAUUCUAGAACGCCUAAAUUAUUGUUCAACCUCGUACAGAAAUAUGCAGUAACUUUAGAACAUUUAACUUUAGGAGUUCAGAAUCCUGCCAAAUUUUUCCACGCUACUGGUUAUCCCAUAUGUCCAAAAUUGAAAGUCCUUAAGAUCGUUGUACAGAACAAAGAUGUAACGGCGGAACGUGGAAAUCCUACCAGAUUACAGAUCGACUAUGGGGUUUCCUUCCCCGCUUUGGAAACCAUCAUUUUUGAUCGGAAAAAGAAGUUUUUGAAAUACAAGUAUCCUUUGAGUUUGGCUGAGAAUGAGUCUUUCAUCCCAUUUUUACCUCCGAACGAGGAAGCAGCUUGCCGCACCGUGAAAACAAUUAUACUCCCGGAAAUUGGGCGAUCUGGGAAGGAUCCUGCAUACACAUUAUUUAUGUGUAAGCUUAGCAUGGGAUUUCCCAAUGCGAACAUUGAUCAAGAAAGAUUUGUCCUCACCAGACGUGGGGAUUGGCACCUGCUGAGAGAUGAUGGUGAGCCGAACGAAGAAUUUCGAAUUUCGAAUUUCAAUGAGUUCGUCAUACCGGAGGAAAACGGAGACCUCGACAUUUUGCAGGAAAGGGAAGACAAUAACCCAACCUAUUCCGUUGACGGGGACGACUCUUCCAGUGACGAGGAAGACGAGAUGGAUUCUGAAGAUGGCUCAACUGAAUCUGACGAUAAUUUAAUGGAAGACGAUGAUAACGAUGGCAUGGGCCAGUGUGCUCAGCAGUGAUGUGCCCAUAUGGAUAAGGACGUUAAACAAAUGUUUUAUUUUAAAUUCAUACAUACAUAAUUAUAUAUUUUAUAAUUUUAAUGUGUAGAGUUAAAUAGAUA